GCCACGAGAGGCUCACUCAUUGGAGGAAAUUGAAUGGGAAUCGCAGGCGCCUCUCUUGAAUGGUAAGAUGGCAGAGGAGGAGGGGAAAAAGAGCCAGGAGCAGCAAACACACAUGCACAUUUAGUCAGACUGCAGCCAGGCACUGGCCACUGAGAAGGAAGCCCGGACUGAUGCGGCCACAAGAAGGACCUCAUUAUCAUUUUUUGGAGUAAACACAUCUCCGUCACCGGGAGGAAUCGCGUCAGUGCGAGCAGCGUGCGCAUUCCUCAGCAGGAUUUGCGCAUCUUUGAUUGUAAAUUGAUUUCUGCUCUCCAUCCCAGGAGAAAGUGUUCACAUCAUGCUCCAGCGGUAGCUGCGAGGCGUCCUUUCUGCUAUUCCACAAUUUCUUUUUUUUCUUUUUUUUUAAAAUGGACCAGCACCUCUCCAAACCCGAAUCCAAAAACAUGGACGCGUGUCUGAGACGGCUGAAGCAAGAACUGUUGUCUAUGAAAGAAGCUGGAGAUGGCCUCCACGCUCAGAUGAAUUCAAUGAUGGGAGCCCUCCAGGAAUUGAAGCUCCUUCAGGUCCAAACGGCACUAGAGAGCCUUGAUAUUUCAGGGAAGCCCAUUAACCGAGGAAUCCCCCAUCCUGUUGCAACAGCUCCCCUUCAACCAUCAACCCCAGAGGCUUCAGCUUCAAGACAGGAUCACGAAUACUGUUUAGGACAAACCAUGCCAGAGGAACCAAGUCCAUUGCCAAGUCCCAGGCCAUCUAUAGACAGCAGAAGCUCCUUCAGUAGAGAUGGCCAUGGUUCAUCUCAAAACAGAAGUACCACAGGAACCUCGUCAUCCUCAGCAUCCAGCACUGAGACUGAGACUGAGAGUGAGAGUGAAACAAGCAGAAGUGAAAGGAGUGGAAGAAGUAGGGGUGCAAGAAGCGAGAAUGACCUGGACUCCAUACCCAGGAGGUGGUCUGGAUAUACUGCUCCACAAGUAGACUUCUAUGGACCAAUGGUGGGAAACCCUCCUCCAGAACCUUACCAGAAGCCGCAAGCUCCACGUCGUGCUCAGGUAGUUGACCUUCCUGGGAUACUGUACAGCCUCUCCAGAGAGGGUCCUUCCUUGGACAGUGUGUACUCUCAGGACAACACUGAUGAUGCCAGCGACUGGACGUCUUCACUCAUGAGCCGCAGCCGCAACCGCCAGCCCCUGGUCCUGGGAGACAAUGUAUUUGCAGACCUUGUGGGCAACUGGCUGGACCUGCCCGAGGUGGAGCGGGAGGAAGGAGAAGAAGAGGAGAGGAGGAGACGAGAGGACAGGACAGCGGAAGGUGGAGCAGACAGACCUGACACCCCAGCACAUCCCCUCCGCCUCAGCCGUUCACAGGAGAUCUGCAGGAAGUUCUCGCUCACCACCAACAUCUUCAAGAAGUUCCUUCGCAGCGUUCGGCCAGACAGAGACAAGCUGCUCAAGGAGAGGCCCGGCUGGAUGGGUCCCGAAGCACCAGAGGGUGACCUCUUUAAAAGGCCAAAGAAAGUGGCUCCUAAAAGUUCAAAGGGCAGCUUUUACCUACCCUUCUGGGCACACGGACCGCAUGGAAAAGGCAGGCCAUGUCUGCAUCUAGCUGAGGAAGACAGGAUCCACCAGCAUCAGCCCUUCCUCCAGUUUCACCAGCAACCAUUCACAGGGAUUUAUUUAGACAGGAGGCAGCACGAGACUGGCCUACAGAAAAUGCAGCCUCUGUUUGACUACAACACAGCUGUGUGGGUCUAAUAGUGAAUCUCAAGCCAAAAGACUGCCAAUGAUGCCAGAUUGAGUGUGCGACAGGUGCUAGAGGAUUUUGGCUGUGAUGGAAGGGACUGAAUGGAUGACUGAAUGAGUAGCUUGGGUGCAGUUAUAUUCCAAGAACACACGUUACACCCACCACUGGUUCCUAUUGCGACUGAGAGAUUAUCAGGGAAACAUUUUGUCUGACAAUCUGAAAACCUAGACCUCAUUUUGCUAUGAGUGUGUACUGAGGCAUGUCUGAGACUGGGGUUUUUUUCUGAAAUUACGAUGCAAGUUUUUUAAAUAUUCAAAUUAAAUUCCACGUGUGCAUGUAUGACUGGGUUGUCUGCUUGAUUUAAAAGACGGUACAUCUUUCUCAGAAUUUCACCAUCAAUGCAGAUUUUCUACAGACACAUCUAGAAACUUUUUCACUGCUUCGCCACAGCUCAUGACUCUCAUAUAUCUCACUUCCUUGCAUCUAUGAAUAGCAGCUCAUGUCAACUGACAUGGUCACUGUUUUAUAAUUGCAGCUACAAACACCUGUUACUGAACACACUGCCAUCUAACAGUUCUAAGCUCCCUUUUUCCCCUAAAGGCUUGGAAUAUCAGGUUCAAGUGGACUCAACUCUUUCACUUUGCUCAGGAAAUGGAGUGAAUAAAAUGAAACACUGCCACAUUUAAAUGGAUUCCAAAUACAAUUUAGUAAAGUCUUGCUUGAACUUCUCAGAAAUAUAUCAACAGCAAUAUGGUGCAUGUCAGGCUUUGAAGAUUGCACCUUUAAUUUUAAGAUAUCUCCCUCAAUGCAAGCUGUGGGAAACUUGCUUUUUUGUAGAAAGACCCUUCUUUUCUGCAAUUUAGAUAUGGCAAACGUUGAGGUAAGUCCACAAUGGUUGUUGUACAGAGAGGGGAGGGGGUAACAAUGGCACAUUUGAGCAUGAGUACUGACUAACUGACGGCCAUCUGGAACUGUGGUCAUUAUGUAAAACAUGUUUGAAGCUCAGAGAAGACACAGUUUAAUCCAAAACCUUGUGAAAGGACUGGAUAAUGAUGAGGAGGAUGAUAUAACGUAGUGGGUUUACAUAGGCGAUUACAUUACGGAUAUGUUUAAUUAAAUGAAAGCGGAGGAAAUUACCAACCAAGAUGAAGUUAAUACAGUAAAUGUACAGAGCUUUGUACAGAUUUGUCACCAACCAAACAGCAGCAAUAAGAAGUAUUUGUUGUAAUAUCACACUGCAUGAUUUUCAUUAUUCUGUGUUCAGAUAAAUAUCUCAAAAUGAUGCUAAACUUACUGAAUAUUACAUGUAAACAGUACCCCAACACUUUUUUUCCUUGUAUCCUAUGAAGUCGUUUCAGUGUUUUUCAUUUCCAGCAGAUCAGUUACAGUUGAAUUCAAACGAUGGCUUCUUUCAUACUCUCCCUCACGAUUACAAAUCCCACUGCCCGCUCACUUCAAACACUUUAAACAAUUAAUGGAGGACCACUGUUAUGCAAGGACAAUCUGAUACCAGACCAGCCAACACAGCCAGCCCGGCUUAGGCCUCAGAGGUCUUUUGAGUUUCUUGGCCAGCUUAUCCAUAUGGCGUUGUCUAAGUAAUCAGGUCAAUACAUUCAACACAUCAAGAGGGUCCAACACACACACAGAUUCUGCUGACACAGAUUCUGCUGACAUAAGGCGCAGUCUGAGAUGUAAUAAUAUAUGUUGAUAAAUGUAACAUUUAUUUCCUCCUAUUAAAGCUGUCUUAAGUGUAAUUUUCUGGACUGUUGUUGAUAUUUUUAGUCAGGGUUCUGUGAGCCUUCAGUAGUGCUGAUGUGUCAUGUGCACUGUAAAACUGUCACUGACUCUUUGUAUAUUAAAUCUGUUUGCA